AUGGCUGGCGACAACAAGCAGACGCCGCCCGGCAUGGAGCGGCAGUUUGCCGACGUCCUCGAGUCUGCGGCCAAGCUUUACAAGGACAACACCGGAGAGGCGCUCAGCCUCCAGAGCUUCACGACCCCGCCCAUGAGGACGGUCGAAGACCUCAAGCUGCAGCUGAGCCGUCAGAAUGAAGACUUUGCCGCCUUCCGCGCCAAGCGUCAAAACAUCUUCAGCGUCCUCAGCGCCGCCCUCAAGCCCGUCGAGGUCGUGGGAGAGGUCGUGGCGGGUGCGGCGUCGGACGCAUUCGCCCCGGCGCAGAACAUAUAUGCCGCUGUCUUGUACCUCGUGAAUGCAGCGCACAAUGUGUCGGCCACCUAUGACGCUAUAGUUGAGCUGUUUGAACAAUUAAAGGACUUUACACCUCGCCUUGAAGUCUACGUCAAGCACCACAUGUCGCCAGGCUUGUACCAGAAGCUGGCGUCGAUCCUCGCCUCUCUCUUCGAAGUUCUGGUGCUUGCGUCCAAAGAGAUCCGUCGCGGCCGUGUCAAGGCGUACUUCAAGCGGCUCGUCGGUUUCGAGAGCCCCGUCCAGUCCGCCCUCGAGAGGCUCAAGGUCUUGACGGUAGGAGAGGAGCGACAGGUCGUAGCAGACACGUACGGCGGCGUGUCGCAACUCAACGCAAAGGCUGACCAGAUCGACAGCGCCGUGGCGCAGGUCAGCCAGAGCGUGCAAAGCAUGCGCUUGGAGCAGCGAGAAUGGUGCAACCUCGCGGUGGGCGAGAAGCUGCGCAAGAUCCUGGCACCGUCUCCGUUUCCGGAGGAUCUCUAUAAUGCGUUCAAGAAGUCAACUGUUUCUGGCACAGGUGAUUGGAUCACACAGGAUGAAGGCGUCACCGCGUGGUUCUCGGGCGAGAAGCCAUAUCUAUGGAUAUCCGGCAAUGCAGGCACUGGCAAGUCAUUCCUGACUUCACGAAUCAUUUCGUGGAAAAGGGACAACCUGGACGAGAGCGCGAGUGUGGGGUAUUUCUUCUUCCGUGCAAACAACCCCGAGACGAGAUCCGUCGUGCAAGCACUCCGAGACGUCGCGUAUCAGCUCAGCGAGAGUGACGGCUUCUACGCCAAGGACCUCAUGCAGCGGCUGCACAGCAGGGAAGAUAUCAAGACGGUCUCGAGCGCUUUCCGACAGCUGUUUCCCGUAGAUGGCGGACAGGAGACGUCAAGGCGACGGUACAUCUUCCUUGACGGCAUCGAUGAAGCCGAUCAGGAUGACAUCAAGGAAUUGCUGUCGGCACUAGCGCCGGGUGAGGGAGCACAGCAGCCCACGUUCGCAGCCCAGUUUCAGUUCGCUCUCGUUGGCAGGUCCUACUUGUCCGACAUCGUCACCGCAGCGCUGGACCCUCCUGUCCCCGGCCAGACCCUGACGACGGUGCAGGUGUCGUCCGACCGUAGCGCCAAAGACGUCAGCGCGUUUAUAUACGACAGCAUUCUGCACUCGAGAGUCCUCAGCCGCACCAGCGCAGAGUUCAAGAAGACGGUGAUCCAGGCACUCGAGAAGCAGGCAGACGGGCUCUUCAUCGUCGCCAAGUUCAUGCUCGACGACGUGAACCGCAAGCGGCACCAGAGCUCAAUUCUAGAGAGCCUUGAGUCGUACCCCAAGGAGAUUGACGGCGUCCUGCAAAAGACCCUGGAUAACCUCGUCAAGACGAUAUCCAAGGAGGAAGCGCGGGACCUCAAUGAGAUGCUUCGAUGGGUCACUUGCGCCGAAGAGGUGUUGACAUUGGAGCAGCUUGAGGCGGCGCUGAUCAUGGAGUUUGGAGAUCCGCCGUUGUUCCUUGAGGAGUCGCUUCGCCGGCAGUAUGCAUGCUUCUUUGAGCUGGAGCGCGAAGACGGCUUGACAACGGACGACCUCGUCAAGGAUUAUGACCGAGCCCGGCGAGAUUUGAACCGAGACCUCAGCCCUGCGCGGCGUAUCAGCCCAGGAAGGAGCCUGAGCGUCGGAGAAAAUGGAGGCCUGGAGCGGCGCCUUAGUCCCGCCGGACGAGGCAGUCCAAGCAGGCAUUCGAGCCCGGGCAAUGGACGAUUCAGCCCGCGACAAGUCAGUCCCGCGCACGGCUCAGACAUCCUCGACUCAGCAAGCGACGUGGAGUUUCGUUCCAAUAAGUACCUGACGCGCGUGACCUUUUUCCACACCUCCGUCCGCGAGUUCUUCCGAAGCGGCAGGUUCGCCACCUCUGCGAGCGAAGUCGGCGCUGCAAUCGGCUUCGACAUCACCGAGGCACGCAUUCACAUACUUCGCGCGUGCUUGAAAGUCUUUGCCGACAGGGAGUGGUUUGAGAGGCUCGAUCUGGGCCAGGGCAUGGCCGCUAUAAAGCAGUACGCGGCGUGGUACUGGCAGGAACACGUCGCGGCCAUUGACCCGGCGAAUGUAUCGAGCCAGCACAAGCGUGAUCUGGGCCCGCAGCUAUACAGAAUGCUCACCGACGAGGACGUCGUCUUUGACUGGAGCAUCAUGUACGAGAAAAAUGACGAGGGGCUUGAGGUCCUGACGGAUCACAACAUCAAGGGCCUGCAGCGGUGGUUUAGAGACGCCGACGUUGUGGAUGGGCUCGACCCAGCGGGCAAGACAUUCGCGAAAGCUGCGGGCGAGAAUGGCUCUGGAGUUUGCGAGCAAAUUGGGCGAUUCUACGCCAGAGCCUGGCUCGCCAGCGACUUUGGUCGCUAUGUGCCGACCUUGUUCUGCUUCAAAAUCGUGCAAAACGUGGCCCUCAUGGACGCUGGCUACGACUGGUCCCACGCCGGAAUCCACUGGCCCGACAUCUCAGUUGAGGAUCGACUCAAUAAGGCGACUGUCUGGGCAGCGCAGCCAGAGACGGCGCAUUGGCACCGGAGAGUAGGAAGCACGUAUCUGACACUCGCCAUGCACGCGCAUGCCCUGAAGCACUACGAUUCCGCACUCAAGCUGGACAACAACAGCGUCGAGACAUCGGGACGCAUCGCAUUCUGCCUCUACCAGGACCGGCGGUACGGCACCGCGCUGGACCAAGCCCUCGAGUGCGCCGCCAUCGAGGACCGCAAUAUCCAGAGCGGCACGCUGCAGGGCGCGGCCCUGGGCAAGAGCAAGUGGCGGCUGUACAAGGACUGCUUCCUUAUCGCGCAGUGCGCGUACCGCAUGGACAAGGUGGACAUUGCGCACAAGUACUUCCGCAAGGCGAUUGAGAACGCCGAGGGAGCGGCGCUUGAGGACGACGAGUUCCUACAGCCGGAGACGGGCUACUUCGAGGUGCUCGCCUCAGAGGGCCUGCACGGCGAGAUGAUGGAGCUCGCGGAAGAGAUGUUGAGGCACUUUACCAAAACGAAACACGGGCAGAAUCGCUUUGUGGACCUGUUGCUGGAGAGGUACUUUUCGCUGCUCGUCAUGGACUGGCUCCCCCGAGCAGCGGCCAAGACGGGCAAGGUCGAGUUCUUGCUGAGCGCCCUGGAGCUCGCCAUCGAGGUCGCGGACAUUAGACUGCGGGAGACGCUCGUAGUGCUGCAUCUGCGCCUGGCGCACGGCACGACAUUUGAGUACAGUCGGGACAUCGACAACGCCAUUGCGGUGCUCGAGCAGAUUGCGCUGCAAGAGUAUCGGCCCCGUGGGAGCAUCACGACGCGGCAGGCGUAUGCCGUUGCCUUCCAGAAGCUGGCGACGCUGUACAAGCAAAAGAUUAUUGACGUCGGCUGGGCGUCGGAGGCAGGCAGGAGCUGGGUGAGCAAGAUGGAGGUUGUGCAGAGGAAGCAGGACAGGCACCACAACUUCAACAUGCCCGCCGACAUGCUGGGCUCCGACGUGAACGUGGCGUCCAUCUACCUGGCGUGCUUCUACCGCUUGCUGGGGCGGGAGUCCGAAGCCACGGGGCUGCUCAAGGCACUCAUCCAGGACAGCCUGGACAUCCUGUCGGACAGCGAGCCGGGCAACGACGUGUACGCGCUCGACAACCUGCUGCGGGUAUUCAUCGCCGCGGGGGAAGUCUCCAACGCCAUCGCGUUGGCGCGUUCAAUGCGCAAGGUCAACCCCGAAGCCUCGUUCAGCACCAUUGGCGAGUCACCCGAGGAGCGUCGUGGCGCGCCCAAGCUGCCGGAUAUUCAGUCAUACGACCGGACCUGCUUCCAGUGCUUCAACAACGUGGCGUCCGGGGAGGAGUUUGCCAUGUGCCGUUUCUGCAUGGAGAGCUAUUGCACGCGCUGCCUGGAGAAGGUUAUCAAGGCGGCGGGCAAUAAGACGGGCGAGACUGGUGUCGCCGGGGCGGCCAAGGUUGUUUGCCGGAGCGACCACGACUGGUUCACCGUGCCGCCGCUGAACCGGCUGCUGCAUACGGGCGAGAUUAUGCUGGAGGACGGGCGGGUGCAUGGGUUUGAGGAGUGGAAGGACGAGGUGCGGAAGGCGUGGGGAUUGACGUGA